UCGCGUUUUAUGUAAGCACUAAUGCAGCACUACUGAGUACCCUGUACGACGUUUUGCAGGGCCAACAGCAAGAAUUUCGCUUAUCUUGGGGCGUGAUUCUCGCAAAAGUUGGGCUUGAUUCAGUGAUUUUCGGGGAUCACGAGUCUUUACUUCGUUAACCAUCGCCACGGAGCCUCGCUCUUUAACAAUCUUUGUAUCUCUUACAAUAGACUACCUGGCGAAGAGACAAUGAAAAGCGAUUUUCAAGCUCAGAAUCGUGGAGAAGGUUUCUUGGCCUUUCUCGAUCAUAAUGUUAGGACUAAAUGUCAUGCUGCUGAUACAUAAUUAAAAACAGUUAGGCGAGCGGAAAAGGAAGCGCCUCGCUUCCUGGUAUUGCGAACAAAUCACUUCAUGCUCUGACUCCACCGAGAUAGUCGUGAGUUGACCACUUCCUUGAAAUUGUUUGAACGAGAUACCUACGAGCAUAAAUCACAGAUAGUCUGACAAAUCAACAAUGCGGCCGGAUUUGUGACGACUUUGUUCUGGUAUGUUAGUUGCUGUGGGCUCUAAUGCCAGCUCCUCGAUGGGCACUCGCAUAAGGAAGGUUUGCUUGGUGUUUUUUAUGGUCAAAGGAGAGAAUCUCUCUUAGCAUAAUGAUCGAACAAUCCGGUCUCAGAUACUCUUCUAACGGCCUGGAAGAUUUUAGUGAUUUGGUAUCAAAGGGGAACAGGGGGGGGGGGCAGAAAGGCAAGCAAAGUUCGACGCUUAGUCAUCCAACCUCCUACCUUCCGCCAGAGACGUCGAACAUCUUCAGCCUGCGACAGACUGCUCCCAAACAUAACUCCGAGCACUGUAACUUCAAAGUCAGAUGAUUACAUCUCCGGGUUCGGGAAUCAACUCAUUCCCCGCAAAGGUUCGCAAAAAGCUUCAAUGACACAAGCUUCCCAAGGACGGAAGUAUCCAUCCCGGAUCGGCAGUUCUGUGGAGCUGUCAACCCUCCACACUAUGCUUCCACGGGAAACCACUAUGAUGAUCCACGCACGAGAGCAUCAUUGCCUCGAUUUCGGUAGGUGUUCUGCAAAAAGCUAAGUCUGUGUUGCCAUAACUUUUAUUUCUUACCGGCUUUGUACUUCUGACCCCGCAGAUUUGUUCAACAACCACUGUGGAAGAAUCUUUCCAAGACAUUGACGAUUCCGUCCAGCAACUCGAAUAUGGGAAUUUUCAGCAAGAAGCAAAAGGGGGAAGAUGCCAUGGAGAGCCCGGAACAUGGGGUAGCUGGGAGCCCGAGACAAGAAGAUCCAGAAAAGGAUAUCGAGCACUAUGGUGAGGUUGCCUCGCAGACCCACGAUACUUCUUCACAUCCCCGCCAUUACGAUUUGGCGUUGGAAGAACGAGUUGUGCGGAAGAUAGAUAGGCAUCUAAUACCGCUUGUCAUGAUUUUGUAUCUCCUAGCAUAUCUGGAUCGCUCCAACAUUGGUAAUGCACGCAUCGCAGGAAUGGAGGAGGAAUUCAACCUCGGACCAGGCCAAUAUGAAUGGUUCCUGACCAUUUUCUACAUCUCAUACAUCUUAUUCGAGCCACUAGGGAUGAUGUGGAAAGUCAUACCCCCUCAUCAAUGGGCGGCAUUUACUGUCAUGGGGUGGGCAGUGUGUGGAACACUCCAAGCGGCGACAUAUAGCUGGGCGGGUAUGAUGGCAGCUCGAUUUUUCUUGGGAGUAUUUGAGGCGUGCUUCUCGCCAGGAAUUCCUUUCCUUCUCUCAUUCUUCUAUCGAAGGAACGAGCUCGGUUUCCGCUGCGGUCUCUUCCUCAGUGCAGCUCCGCUGGCAACUUGCUUUGCAGGUGCACUUGCUUAUGGUAUCACGUCUGGAGAUCCAAAAGGCAUUUCAUCCUGGCGAUUACUCUUUCUGGUUGAAGGUUUACCAUGCGUAGUAGCAGCCGUGGUCACUUGGUUCGUGAUGCCCGACAGUCCCGAGAAAGCCAAGUUCUUGAACCAGGAAGAGCGGGCUGUCGCAAAAGCACGAUCACUCAGGCAAGUUGGCAGCGAUGGUGAGAGCAGGAUAGGAAAACCAUCUUGGACAGAUGUUAGGGCGACAUUGCUUGAUAUCAAGCUAUGGAUAACAGGCCUGAUGUAUUUCUCCUGUAACGUCUCCUUCGCAUCACUCCCCGUCUUUCUACCAACCAUCCUCACAGAAAUGGGAUUCACCAAGAUCAACGCCCAAGGUCUCUCAGCACCGCCGUACUUCCUGGCCUUCCUGCUCGUCAUUAUCACCUGUCGAAUAGCCGACAAGACAUCCCAGCGUGGUCUCAUGAUUACUUGUCUCUCCUUGCUGGGUGCUACAGGUUACAUCAUGCUCGCAGCAGCUACCAGCACUGGAGCACGAUAUGCAGGCGUGUAUCUCGCAGCUGCUGGGAUCUUUCCGUCAAUUGGGAAUAUCCUGCCUUGGGUACUGAAUAAUCAAGGAAGUGAUACUCGCAGAGGGACUGGUAUCGCGAUGUUGAACGUCAUUGGACAAUGUGGACCACUUCUUGGCACGAGGUUGUAUCCCAAGAGUGAAGGUCCAUUGUAUCGGAAGGGGAUGUGGGUUUGUGCCGCAUUCAUGCUGUUCAACGCUACGUUGGCUUUGGGCCUGCGUUUCCUUCUGAAGUGGGAGAACAAAAAGUUAGAUGAGAAGUACGGAGUUGUUGAGCCUGGAAAGGACGACGACGGACAGGGAGAGGAGAAUUCUGGACCGAGAUAUCGGUAUAUUCUAUGA